AACAAAAAGACGUGUAUGACUCAGUCUUAAACCCUAAACCCGAGUUGGCUGCGAGGUGGAAGAAUGGAGGAAGGAAAAGUUGAGAGGAGGUUCCCAGUGAAGCCGAAGCUGAAAUCGAAAGCGAGAAAUCCAAAGCAAACCUCUGAAUCCAAGUAUUGGUCUUCCUUCAAGACACGCCAAAUCCCUGACCUCAUCUCCGUUCCUUCCCUCACCUUCUCUCCCACACAUCCUCACUCCUUCGCCGCCGCCCACUCCGCCACCCUCACGCUCUUCAGCUCCCAAACCCUCUCCCCCACCGCUAAGAUCUCCUCCUUCUCCGACGCCGUCUCCUGCGCUUCCUUCCGCUCUGACGCCCUUCUCCUCGCCGCCUCCGACCUUUCCGGCCUCGUCCAGGUCUUUGAUGUCAAGUCCCGCACCGCCCUCCGCCGCCUCCGCUCCCACACCCGCCCCGUCCGCUUCGUGCACUUCCCUGUCCUCGACAAGCUCCACCUCAUCUCCGCCGGGGAUGACGCCCUUGUCAAGUUCUGGGACGUUGCCGAGGAGACUUCCGUUGCAGAAUUCACCGGCCACAAGGACUAUGUCCGGUGCGGAGACUCCUCCCCUGUUAACUCUGAUGUCUUUAUUACCGGUUCCUAUGACCACGUCGUCAAGCUCUGGGAUGUUAGGGUUAGGGAUUCUAAGUCGUCGGUGCAGGUCAACCACGGAGCGCCCGUGGAGGAUGCUGUUUUUCUGCCGUCCGGAGGGAUAGUUGCGACGGCGGGUGGGAAUUCCGUUAAGCUGUGGGACUUGAUAGGUGGUGGGAGGCUUUUGUUCUCCAUGGAGAGUCACAACAAGACGGUGACUUCGUUAUGUGUUGGUAGAAUUGGGAAUGAUUUUGGAGAGGAAUCGAAUCAGUUUAGGAUUAUGAGUGUGGGAUUGGAUGGCUACUUGAAGGUGUUUGAUUAUGGAUCGUUCAAGGUUACCCAUUCUAUGAGGUUUCCUGCGCCUCUUUUGUCUGUUGGUUUCUCGCCGGAUUGUUCUACGCGAGUCAUUGGGACCUCCAAUGGGGUGAUCUAUGCUAGCAAGAGGAAAGUGAAGGAGAGGGAACAGGAAAAGGAGAUUGAGUCCAGUUCGUUUUGGAGAGUUGCGCCGGUGGAGCGCACCGAGAAGAGUGUGAUGAGGCCUUCACAUUUUAGGUAUUUCCACAGAGGGCAGGGAGAGAAACCGUCUGCAGGGGAUUACUUGGUUAUGAAGCCCAAGAAGGUGAAGUUGGCUGAGCAUGACAAAUUGUUGAAUAAGUUUGAGCACGCUGAGGCUCUGGUGUCUGUGUUGGAGAGUAAGAACCCCGAGAAUGUGUUGGCUGUGAUGGAGGAAUUGGUGGCUAGAAAGAAGUUGCUCAAGUGUGUCUCCAACUUGGGUGUGGAGAAGCUGGAACUCCUCAUGGUGUUCUUGCAUAAGUAUUGUACCAUGCCUAGAUAUUCCAGUUUGCUGAUGGGAUUGUCUAAGAAAGUUCUUGAAAUGAGGGCGGAUGAUAUUAUAGCUUCUCAAGCCCUCAAGAGUCAUGUGAGAAAUCUCAAGAGGUCUGUUGAUGAGGAGAUUCGGGUGCAACAGUCAUUGCAAGAGAUACAGGGUAUAAUUUCUCCUUUGUUGAAGAUUGCUGGAAGAUGAAAUUUUGGGUUUCUCAUCUAUGAGCUGAUUUUGUUAGUCUAUCUUUUUUUUAUUUAAGAAUGUAUUCUUUAUUCCGGAAAUUUUGUUCAAGCAAUGUCAGGUUCUCUAGAAUUUUGUUGGUAAAUUUGAUCCUUGGAAAGCAUCAGGAAAUGUUUUAAUUGUUGCCAGCUGUGUUGAAGGGAUUCAACAUGCAUUUCCAUCUAUCAUCUAAUUUAUAUAAUUUUGUUUGGUAU